AUGAUAUUUAUUGAAAAUUUAAUAUUUAUAACUUUUAUCUCACUUUUAUCAUUUCAAAUUGUGAGUGGUAUUAGACAACCACCUACAAUGAUGAGUGGCACCAACAAAGAUGGUGCGUUUUUCACCUUAAAUAUCACUGCUAGUAGUUUAUUAGUUUCGAAUACUAUGCCUCUCAAUGGAACUUUUAUGUUUGGAAUGCUGGCAGGUGAUGGAAAUGAUUUUAAUUUUCUUGCACUCAGCCCAAAAGAUUUUCCUAAACAACCAGAUCCUUUUGCACCUGGUGAAAUAAUUGUUUAUGAUUCAUUGGAAAAUACUAUUGUUGUUAAAGAACAAACUGCCAUUGUCAAUUGGGACUUUUAUUACGAUUAUAUCAGAAAUAUGUGUUGGGAUCAAAAAAACAAUAUUAUCUAUUAUAUGACAACAGCUGGAGAUUCCUAUACAGUUGUAAUUAUUAUUGACACACCAAAUCAAAAUAGUACUAGAAAAUUAGUUUCAAAGAAACUUUCUCCUGUUAUGGAUGGAUAUUAUGAUUCAGAGAAUAAUAUAUAUUAUGCUGGAUACCUUGUAUUCGGAUCAGUAGAUACUUAUUUUAAGAUAUUCUAUCUUUCUAAUAAUACUGAAUCUGAAACUUAUAUAUUCCAACCGUACAUCUCUGGAGGAGAAUUUUGGAAAUUAUUUAUUUAUCAAUCCAAGGUUUAUGUCGGUGUGUUCGGUCCACGAAAUAGCAAUAUCGUAUAUAUAUGCAUGGUCGAUUUUGAAGCCCGGACCUUGAUUGAAAUCGUAAAGAAUCCUGUGGAACCUAAAUCUACAAUUGAUUUAGUAUUUGAUCCAAAUGGAUAUAUUAUCUUUUUUGAAUGGAACUAUUCAAAUGGUUUAAUGGUAUUAAAUACUUUUGACCUAGAAACACAAUUAUUUGUCACCAAUAGUACCAUACAAGGUCCUCUUGGAAAUGGAGACUAUUUCCUUUUAGCUCAAUAA